AAUAAUAUUCAAACAAGUUAUAUGUUACGUCAUCGUAAAAACGGCACCGUGCUCCAGGUCAACUUGGAAUUCCAAUGCCUUGUGAAUAAUUGCAUUGCACCAAGUACUCUGAUAGAAGAAACAGGUUUUUUUCAAACACUUGAAAUGCAAUGGAUUCGUGAUUGCUGAUAAGUUUAGAAUUCCCUCGGGUCAACGGAGGGAAAGAACUGCCGAUGGAUGACAUUGCUCGAAAGGACAAAGAACAUGUCCUUUGUGCUUACUUUACUAUUGGUUUGGGUUGGGAUGGUUGUUCAAAAGACUGACCAGAAGUCAGUUCAACAAGGAGUGCAGAGCCGAUCUCAUAUCUUAAGCUUGAAAAGAUUGGUUGGCAGAACCUUGUAUGUAGAAUCCGUCCUUGCCUCAAAAUCCAGACUUAAACUAUGUUGUUACCAUUGGUUAUUCUUCAACUCACUUUGAGUUCAUACAUCUUGAGUGUCGUCAAAGGUGAAGUGCCUUCAGAUUGGGAAUACUAUGGUAAAUUCCGCUUCGUCCAACAUUUGGUUCAAGGAGAACUCUAUGGAAAAGACAGCCGAAGCUUGUUCAUCCAUCGGUUCUACUAUGAUGGAGAAGGCCCACCAGGAGUGACCUUCACAGCCAUCCCGAAGGACGAAACCGACUAUGCCCAAGGCAUUCCAUUAGCAAUUGUAGAACUUGAUAAUCAAGAACAAGUUCCUAAGACUUUGAACAACAACUACACUUUGGCAUUACCAAGAAACCUAAGGGUUUCCGAUGUUGACCGAUUGGUGGUUUGGUGCUCAGAGUAUGGAGUCUCUUUUGGUCGCGUGGAUUUGCGGGAAGCCCGAAAUACAAGUCCCAAGCGGCCCAAAACAGAUUUGACCUUGGUGGGAUCAUUUACUAAUGUGGAACACCGGGUGGCUGGCACAGUGUAUAUUCAAGAUCGAGAGCAUUUGGUCAUUCGAGAUUUCAAUUACGACGGACAGGGUCCAUCGGUAGUGUUAUAUGCCGGAGAAGAGGAAAAUCUGAAGACUGGACGGUUUUUAGAGUACCCUUAUGCUGGCUACAAGAGUCGAUUGGGCCCUAAAAGGCUGACACGAGUCCAAAAACGCGACAUCACUAUUCGGCUACCCAAAGAUAUGGACGCCUUCAAACUUAGAUGGCUAUCCGUAUGGUGCGAUACGUUUGAGGUCAGCUUUGGGCACGUUGAGUUCGAAUGAUCAAUCUUUUUUUUUACAUGUUUAUCAAGCUCACUUGGUUAAUACACGUUUACUCACUGAAA